GCUUUCGGAGAAGACUGUCAUUUCUUGGAUCUGUACAUCCAACACAACAGCAGAGAUGAACGCAAAAUAUGCCUUGGCACUGAUCCUUGCUCUGCAGGUCUCCAUGAGCAUGUGUGAAAUUGCCGCACCAUCUCAGGAACUUGUUGAAAAGUAUGAUCAGAUGAAAAGUGUGUUCUACCAGAGGCUGCUGACUGCUUACGGCAAGCUGCAGGCCGCGGCUGCUCCUUAUGUGGAGACAGUCGGUGACAGCGAGCGUGGACAGAAAGCCAAAGACUUUAUUGAGGAACUGCAGACCAAGCCUGAGUUCCAAGCUGCUGUCAAGGUUGCCAGUGGUCUGGCCUCAGAGACUGGUCCCCUGGUGGACCAGGCACGUACAGCAGUGCUGGGUCUGUAUGAACAUUACCUUCGUCCCCACGUUGGUGACUACCUGAGCCGCGGUAUCGACCACAUCAAGACCCACCUGGACGUAUAUCUGCCCACUCAAUAAAGAAAACCAACUGGACCACCCACCUCUCAGCAGCCUGUAAUAGAUGAUAACUCAUAGAAAAUAUACCAGUUUAGGCUGAGAAGAGCAAUGCACAAUGCAAAUACAAUCCUUUGCAUCAUUUCAAAUAAACAUCCUUUGCCAAAUCUUGCAGAGUUAAAAGUAGGGCAAACAUGUCAACACAACCUAUGCAAAUUGUGCAUGUACAGUAUCCUUUGUUUGAUACACUAACCAAAGUGUGAUUGUGUAUGUAUAUGUGUGAGUGUGUUCAUUAAAGUGAACUGGAAACUA